UUGCUGGGGGUUACCGAGAUCACGUGACACAGUUACCUGCCAUGUGUUAACCCAACCUUAAACAGAGCAGAGCGACUUACCUAGAUUAGUGCGUCGUGGUUUAUCGGUGGAGGAAGGUGUGCUGUGGUAUAGUAUUCGUAAAGAUGUCCUGGUUCCAUAAAUUUCUGACGCUUGGUGUGAAAACGGAGACGGAUGAAAAAGAGUGGUUUUUCGAAGAGGAGCCACACUCGUCACGUCGACGACAAAUUCUCAAGAAAUAUCCCGAGAUUAAAAAGCUGAUGGGAUACGAUUCCUCCAUAACAUAUUACGUGAUUGCUGAAGUCUGUGCUCAGAUUGGCAUGUGCUGGAUGCUUCAGAACGCCGGCUGGCCGACUGUUCUAAUUCUGGCGUACUGUGUAAGCGCAGUUAUCAACCAUUCGCUGGGAAGCGCUGUACACGAAAUUGGUCACAACCUUGCUUUCGGACACGGCCGACCAGCCCUGAACAGAUUGCUUAGUAUAUUUUGUAAUCUGCCGAUGGGUGUUCCAAUGGCCAUUACCUACCGGAAAUACCACGCGGAUCACCAUAGAUACAUGGGGGAAGAAAACCAAGAUGUCGACAUCCCCACACGUUUAGAAAGUGCCUUAUUCCGUCACCCACUGACCAAAAUGCUGUGGUUGUUGUUCCACCCCGUGAUUCAUUCUAUACGACCUUUCUACAAAAGUCCCAAACCACCAAACAAGUGGGAGAUGAUUAACUGGGUGGUGCAGUUGUCAUUCGACGCUUUAAUAUACAGCGUGUUUGGAAUCCGGUCUCUUGCCUACCUGGUGAUCGGAACAGCUAUGUCGUUUGGUCUUCACCCGCUCGCUGGACAUUUUAUAUCUGAACAUUAUAUGUUUACCAAAGGGCAAGCUACUCAUUCAUACUAUGGCCCUUGUAAUUACUUCAUGUUCAAUCUUGGUUACCAUAUUGAGCAUCAUGAUUUUCCUUAUGUACCAUGGAAUCGCUUGCCCGAAGUGAAGCGCAUCGCCGCGGAGUUUUACGAUCCCCUUCCGUAUCAUACGUCAUGGGCCAAAGUGGUUCUGGAUUUUAUCUUUGACAAGAAUAUGGGACCUCACGCACGGGGCGUUGGGUACAAAAAGGAAUGAUUAUAGAAUAAACAUUUGCCCAUUUUGACUUGUGAUGCUGGAAGGCCAGGAAAAGGAAUUAGCGCCACUGUCAAUGCAUGGAUGUGACGUUUUUAGGAUCGCGUAACAAACAUUAGAACAAACGCGAAAUAUGUUUCACUGUAACUGAGCCUGCAUCUUACGGUGGAGGACUGAAUACUUCAGUUACAUCAGCUGAACAGUACGCUCUUUUUACUAAAAUCAAUCACAAUUAAUGCAGUAUGAAACUUAGGAUUUUUUGAGUAUUAUUUUGGUUUUCGCACAUAUUGUUUAUUUUCUUAUUGGAUUGGUGUUUAAUCCAUACUCAAGGAUAUUUCACUUAUAUGACGAUGGCCAAAAGACGAAGCAGGAAGCUUGUGGUGGGACGAAGCCAGGAAGACUCAUUGGGAAACCCACGGUCAUCUGCAGGUUGGUGGCAAACCUCUCCAGGUACACAUUAAUCUUUACUCUUCGAGCGUACAUGCACUAGCUGUACGAAAUAUGGUGGUUCAGACACGUUCAGUAGAGUACAAUAUUGAAUCCAAACAGCUCACAGAAGAAUAAUCCUAAAACCCACCGCUGUGUAAGUUACACAUUAUUUCUUCGACAUUUUGCUCAAAUUCGGUUUUUAUUAUUCAUAUAUGUAUUAUAUUUCUGGAUUCCAUCUAUUGAAUAAAGAACAAUGUUUAAUAGAGAGAUUAUUCUUUAGAAGAGAAAUUUAUAUUUAUCAUAAAUUGUUAUAAGACUUUUUAGUUUAUAAUAUAUAGAUAUUUAGUGAUAACGUUGCCAACUGACUCAUUUACUUUUACAUCAUAUUUACGUCAUUAUGUGGGAUGAAACCAUCGUCCUCAGUUCAAAUAGGCCAAAUGUAAUGUAUACUCAUUAGCUUGAGUUGCUUAUAUCUGCUUAAUAAAUCAUGACUCCUGAACAUGUGUUGCCAAUUUAGUACUGUUUAAAAACAUCAAAAAUGCUUAAAGGAUAAUUAUCACACUGUACAAUUUUCUAAGAAUUACGAUAUAAAUCUACUUGAUUAAAUUUAAAGGUUUUUACGUAGUUUUACGCCUGCAGGUGUGCCUAAUGCAAAUAAAUGUGAGCCUUUGUUCUCAAACUGCACUUACAUUGUUAAGCACUCAUAGACGACCAAAGCUGAAAGUACUGAGUUCUGGACGAGUAUUAUGGACACAGAGAGGUGAAUACUAGAUUCUCUCCUAAUCAGUGAGUCAAGGUAGUGGGUAGAGUAGUUCAUGGCAUCAUGGAAACGAGACCUGUUUAUCUUGAAACGAACUAGAGAGGAUAGACUUGGUAUUGUUAACAAUAAAAAAUAACCCAACUGUAUGUUGCCAACCCUCCUAUGUUGUACACAGAGAUACACAUACUGAGAGCGAAUGUCAAUAGAGUUAUCUCCCUUACUUGCCGUAACACUUUUUUGUCUUUUUAUCUUUAUCCCCUUUCUCUUUCUUCUGUCCAGGUUAAUACUUUUUUUUUCGGAUUUUCGGUCACAUUUUCCUACUCCUGGAUAUUCAUGUUUCAACAGCUUGCGCGGUUCCAAUAAAUUGAAUUUUCCACCACAGGCUACGUUUAUAGUCUUGCUCGUCACAAUGCAGGUGUCGAAGACCUGGCCUCAUUUCAAGAUUGUCUGUGUAGUCUGGUCAGUGAAGCUUUUACUCAACAACUUUUGGAUUCACUUCAAUACAAAAUAUAUGUACACAUAGCUGACUGCAACUGUAAUCUAGGAAAACUGUCGCUUGAUUUUAUGGCAAACCGGUAAGCGCAUGUGUGCGGAGUCCACAGUUAUCGGCGAAUAUGAUCUUGAUGUGUUUACAUCCUACUGGAGAAUGGUCACUUAUAUGACAAAGUAAGGUUAAUUGAGUGGAGAUUAUUUCAAUAUAUUUUUAGUCGUAGAAAAGGCCGCCCUAGCCGUAUUGAAGGAAUCCAUUUGCCAUUUUGUGCUAUAGUCUAUUUCUUUUAGCCAGUCGCCUAUAUACAGCCGUCUGUAAAAUCAGUCACACAACGGUAGCUACCAAAUUGCCUUAGGUCAGUGACACGUAUGCUUAACAACAGAAGUUCUACACAUGAAUACGUUGGAAGUCCAUAUUCUUACACAAAAAAUGUGUAAAAAAAAAACACAAGUUAGAACACUUUUUCUAUUUCAUAAUGUUAAAAUGCAUAAGCUUGAGUUUCGACGGCAAGAACGCAUUGCCCCGGUUGACGUCAUAAUUAUGCAUGAAAACAGUGACAUGCCGGAUAUUGGUCGGAGCUCAGUAUGUUUUGA